AUGCUGGAAGAGCAAUUGUAUUUACUGGCAUGUGUUUUUGCGUCGAAAGCCGAUUCGCAUAACAUCAGGAAAUUGGCUGCCAGGUUGGGUUCAAAAUCGGAGUACCUGCAGAUCAUUUGCGUGUUGUGGCCAGAAUUGGAUGAUCCUAAACACCUUUCGUUUCUAUGUAAACAAGAACUGGUGGAGAGAAACGCAGAAGAGGCUGAGGUAUCUAGCGAAGAUGUGAUAAUAAAAUUAUUGGAAGGGGAUAGUCGUUUAAUUCCAUUGAUUGAAAUGGACAACGCUACCAUAUCAGCUAGAUAUCGCGAAUUGAAAGAGUUUGUAAUCAAUAAACUCAACAGCAAACCCUUAGAAGAUUUUGAAGAUUGGUUGAGGGAGAGAAUCAUGAUCUGUAAUGAAAUGCUUCCCGAAGCACCGUUAUACUAUUCUGAGUUGUGGGAAACCACGGAUCCAGGAGUGUUAUCUUCAAAGUUUACUGAAUGGGUUGAUGGUGUAAUUAAACCAUUAGACCACCUUGAUAAACGACUACACGUUAUAUUCAAAAUCAACGAAUGGAAUGAAAUGCAUGAUAACGACCUAUUCAAUUUAAUCUUUGAAGGCAUCGAAAGUGUACAAGGUGAUAACAAGAUGACCGAAAUCAUUGAGCAUGAAUUGAUUCCAACUUUGUUCUACGGGAAGAAAUGGGAAACUUUUAUCAGUGAAUUUUUAAAUAAACAGCAAUUCUCGUUAAAGUCCGAUACCAAUUAUAAACUGUUUUUGAAAACAUAUUUUAAUCUUGAAGAGCGAUUGAAAGGUAACAGUGAGGCGAUGAGAAAUUUACAAAGUAAGAUGGUGGAUAUAUUAUUCAACAACAGUGAAAAUUUAUUCAAUUUAUCCAACUUACUCCACAAGCUUAACGAGUUACGGGAUCUACUGAGGAUAUUCCCGGAUGAUAUUGCAAUAGAAGACGAGAAAAACGUUACGGUUUUAGAAAUGAAACAGUUUAUGGAAUUUUUUACCAAUUGCUCCACCAAGUAUUCCUUCCAGGAAAUCUUUGCCAUAACACAAGAAGAAGAAUCGGCCCAAUUGGCUCAUUUUACCUCAUUAUGCCAUGAAGAAUUUGAUAAAUCCAGUGAGAUUCCCAGUUUCUUACAAUCCAUGUACGAAACGGUUUUGAAAGCUGAAAGCAAUGAUAAAAUAUUUACUAGGAUUAGCAUGGAUGACAAAAUAUACAGUAUAGUGGAAAUUUUCUUACAAAUGAAUGAGUUUAACUACAUUGAAAUGGUCAUAACAAAGUUCGACUACGAUGAAAAUGCGCACUUGUACAAACUUCUAGUGAAGUUCUUCUGGCAUUUUUUCAAUAAUGCCUCGAAUGGGCUACGCAAAGAACCAGAGAUGAAGAAAUCUUCACAAACAUUGCAAAUAAUCCAAAGGCACAUGGUGCAACAGGCGGGGGCGAAUCUAACAAGGAUGGAAGUAUUACUCGAACUGGCAGACAAGCUAUCACACUACUCCAUAAAUUUAAACAAAACGCAUGGCGGCACAAGAGAUGCAGCAUUCAAACCAAGCAAUAUUUUGGAGUAUAAAGAUUGUCCCCUGGACAUAAUUUCCAACCUAUUGGAAUUGAACCCUCGCCUGUAUAAGGAUCUGCCCACCACGAGGGGCUUGCUUUCCGGGAUCUACGACAGUUUGUCUAUUAGUGACGAGGGCCAAACGGUGAAGAUAGAAGUGGAUUUGAUGAUACUGCAUAUUGACUAUGCGCUUGUCAAUCUGGAUUUUGACGUAGCAUACGAAAUGGGCGAGCGAGUGUUUGAACUGUGUCGUGAACGUGGGCAACAGAUGAUGAAAGCGCUGGGCGAAGAGCACUGGUUGACGCUGUACCAAAUGGGGAAGUUUAUCGAUCCAAAUUGGGUGGACAACGAGAUCCCCACGGAGAUAAUCAUUUUGCAAAUGGGCAUCUUGGGCAAGCUGCUGGAGAUUUGCCCUCUGGAGGAAGUGGAGAUUGUCACGUCACAAUGGAGCACGUUGGAGCUAGAGUUGAGCGCACGUGACUUGGUGAGGGAUAAGUAUGCAUUGGAGGCACAAAGCGGUAGCAAGAGUAGUGUUGGCGGUAUUGCCAGGGAGAUCUUCCAUAACGUGACAAGUUUCUGA